AUGAAGAAGAUAUCACUGCAAAUUGUGGGCGUCAAAGUAGCUUGCUUAUCUAUCUAUCUAUCUAUCUAUCUAUCUAUCUAUCUAUCUAUCUCAGUCUGUUCAUAUCUAUUUAUCAGACUAUUUGACAAUGUUUCCCUUUUUAUUUCAGUAGGUUUAAGGGUCAGCACAAAACAAGACAGCUACAACUGCCUGUUAACUUGCCUAUCUAUCUAUCUAUCUAUCUAUCUAUCUAUCUAUCUAUCUAUCAGCAACAUAAAGAGGAAACACUUUACCAAUUUUGAUCUUUUUCACCUAAAAAAUCAAAAUCUAUCUAUCUAUCUAUCUAUCUGUCUGUCUAUCUAUCUAUCUAUCUAUCUAUCUAUCUAUCUAUCUAUCUAUCACAGUCUGUUCAUUAUCUAUCAAUCUUGGUAUCUAUCUCAGUCUGUUCAUUCUCUAGCUAUCUAUCUCAGUCUGUUCUUUAUCUAUCUAUCUAUCUAUCUAUCUAUCUAUCUAUCUAUCUAUCUAUCUAUCAGUCUGUUCAUUAUCUAUCAAUCUAGCUAUCUAUCUCAGUCUGUUCAUUAUCUAGCUAGCUAUCUCAGUCUAUUCCUUAUCUAUCUAUCUAUCUAUCUAUCUAUCUAUCUAUCUAUCUAUCUAUCUAUCUUGGAAUAA